GCCUCGUGCAAAACGGUUCAUUUCUCGUCCAGCAAAACGCUUCUGCUUUCUGUUCGAAAUGAUUUAAUAUUUAGCUAGCAAACGGAUUUAACAAAUCCGUUGCUGAUAACAAAAACAAUGUAUGUGUAAAAUUCAACUUAAGAAAAUUUCAAUAUCUGUGGGAAGAGGUGCCAGAAUCUGAAUUCACCCUGCAACAGUAAACCCAGAUGCCCGAGGCAUUGAUUCUACCCGGCAUGGCUGACGCAGAGCCGGACCUCUCGACUUUCGAGAACAAGACGGGGCUGGCGGAGGACAUGAAGUUCCUGGCCUCCAUGCCCGAGCUGUGUGACGUAACCUUCCUGGUGGGCGAUACCCGCGAACCCGUCUGCGCCGUCAAGGCUGUGCUGGCAUCCCGAUCCCGAGUGUUCGCCAAAAUGCUAUACGCUGCCCCCUCGCCGCAGCGGAAGAGGGAAACCUCCACCAAGGAGAACAAGCUGCGCCUCUUCCUGAAACGCUCCUCGGAGCCCCUGCUCAAUCUGCAGAAUGCCGCACAACAGAGAACCGGUUAUACCCAACAAUUAGCUCCGAUACCCGAGCCCUCAGGUCAGCAGCACCAGACCCUAAUCAUCGAGGAGUUUGAGCCCGACGUGUUCCGCCAACUGAUCGAGUAUAUUCACACGGGCUGUGUGACCCUGCAGCCUCGCACUCUGCUGGGCGUCAUGAAUGCCGCCGACUACUACGGCCUCGAGGAACUGCGUCGCGCCUGUGCGGGAUUUGUGCAGUGCUGCAUCAAUGUGGACACCGUGUGCGCCCUGUUGGCCUCGGCCGAGCGGUAUAUCCAGUACAAGUGCACCAAGACCUUGGUGCAAAAGGUGCUGGAGUUCGUGGAUGAGCAUGGAACCGAGGUGCUGAACCUGGGCAGCUUCACGCUGCUGCCACAGCACGUGGUUCGCCUGAUCCUGGCCAGGGAGGAGCUGCGGGCCGACGAAUUCACCAAAUUCCAAGCGGCGCUUAUGUGGAGCAAGAAGUACUAUGACAACAAUCCGAACAUCGACAUUAAGGAGAUCCUGGGCACGUUCUGCGAGUACAUCCAGUUCCACAAGAUCCCGGCCAACGUGCUGAUGCGGGAGAUCCAUCCGCUGAACCUGGUUCCGUAUGCGAUCAUCAUGAACGCGCUGGCUUACCAGGCAGACCCAGAAAGCAUCGACCCCGGAAAGCUGUCUCCCAACUCUAGCCGACAACACCACCGCCACCGCCACCACCACCAGUCGCUGCCCAAGAUCCGCAAAGCCAAGUCGCAGUCCUUCCGCACGCGACGCAGUCCCUCGGAGCGGCGAAGUCCCAAUAAUGCACCCAAUCUAACUCUGAAUACCUCGUUGACCUCCGGAAAUGGAGAGAAGAAGCGCAGCCCCUUGACGCCGAAGAGUCCGGUCAUGCCAGUGCCGGAGUCCAAGAGUCCGGGCAGCAGUUCCCAAAAGACGCCCACCUCGCUGUCGCGCCAGGGAACUCUGCGCGCAUCAAAUCGCCGCAAGAAUAGCGGACAGCUCUCCAUAUCGCUGGGCACCCAGGGCAGACGAAGUCCUGUCGGUCUCAACGAUCGCAGUCCCCAAGGACGCCGGAGUCCGCUCUUCCCAAGCAGCGGAUUAAGGUCGCCAAAUGAUCCAAUGACUAGUCCCACAGUUAGGAGCCCUACUGGGGAGCCGCGACGAAGUAGCCCCACUUUCAGUGUGCACACCCAGGAACGUCGAUCGCCUUUGGGAGCAGUGGCUCCCACAGACUUUGGCUGCCAAUUUGGACUUCCGGGCACCCGAAGAAGCCCCACAUCCACGGUCCACGUGCAGGACAUGGCCACUGAACCGGAAGAAACGGGCUUCGGCGGCCUCAAGCGGCCAUCGAUAAGCCUCUUCACACCCAUAUAUUUCGCCAGCGAGAAGCGUUCGCCCAUGGGCCCGAUACCGCCGAUAACCGUCUCCAAUCCCGCCGAGACUUACAAGAGUGCGGAACGAGAGCGGGAGGCGGCGGAGGCCGCUGCCCGGGAAAGGGAGAAGGAGAAGGAAAAGGAGGCAGCCCAGCCGCAGGAGAAGAAGAGCGUGAUGCGCGAGAUCCUGGCCUUUGUGAGGAAGCCCUCUAAGCAUCUGAGUAGCCGAACCAAUCGCUUUGCAAAUGCCUUCACCCGAGCGGAGUCCGGAUCCUCCGGCGGUCCUCUGAUCCGGCAGAGCACCUUCUCGGCCAGUCCGGCGGCAUCCUCUACGGCCGCCAAGAGUGCUGUGCAAAAGCAAAUGUCCGAGGUGGGCUUUGAGCCGAAGAUAUCCCAGAAGUUCACCCACUACGCCAAGAUGUCUCUGCGGCUCAGGAGGUCGACGAAACGCGACGAGGAGGAAAAGGAAAAGGAGAAGCAGAAGCUGAGUUCAGCUUCCGGAUCCAAGAGGCCCAGUGCGGACCUAAGUCAGGCGAACGCGGAGCAACAGGUAGGUGGAUCGUCGGACGAACUGCCCUUCGAGCUGGCCAAUGUGCACUUCGAGAAGGUAGGUGAGUCCUAUAUCAAGCAUGAGAGGCUCCGUGAAUUGCAAGAACCCGAGGCCGUGAAGGAGGAGGACACCGAAAAGGAUGCGGAGGCGGAAACGGAGGUGGAACAGACCGAUGCAGCCAUGGCCCAGUUUGUGGAGGAGGUCACCAACUCGCUCAAAGUGGUGGCCCUCAACGGCGAAGGCGGAACAGCCGCAGUGCAUCACUUCACCCGUCGAUCGGAGAGCCGGGAGCCCAUAGAGCCGCGAAUCAGCGAGGAACGGGAAUCAGAUUCCAACGACCUAAUGAUACCCGAUGACAUGCGCGCCGAGCUGGUAGAGAUCUUGAAAGCCUAUCCCCCAGAACCAGUUUAUGUGAAUCUGCAGGCACUGCGGCGGGAGACCGAAGAUGCGGAUCUGGCCAUCGCCCAAGCUGAAGCCGCAGCUUUGGCGGCGGCCGAGCCCGCUAAGAAGCCGCUCCAGUGUCCUACCAUCGAGUUUGAGCCGCCGUCGCGCCGCUCUUCCUUCGAUCCGCCUCGUUCCCCAUUCCUGGAGCAGCUCCGCAGUCCCGGGGUGGACACGGAAACCGAUCUCAUAAACCUGCAGCGUCUGGACUCCGGGGGCGACAGCUUCGAGCUGGUGGAGAGCAAGUGGAGCAAGUCCAGUCGUGGCGAGUCCAGCUUCGAUUGUCCCUACUCGUCCAGGGAUACCAGCUUUGACGUUUCCAUUUCGCGGUAUCAGUCCACUAGCUACGAGGAUCAGACCUCCAGCUUUGAGAUUGUCGAUACCGAUGAAAGAGGCCAGGGAGGCAGAAGAGCCGUUGAUCUGCGGAAGAGCUCCAUCGAGCUGGUGGAUGCGGAGACCUUCCAAAGAUCCGGCUCCUCCUGCGGAGGCCGCAAGUCCUCGCUGGAGACCCACUUUGACUACACACCCACCGAGGGCGGUGGUCGAUCGCCCAGCCUUCCGUUUCCGGCGAUGAGCAAGAAACAGCGCACGGAGAACUUCCGCCAGCUGCACGUCUCCCAAUUCAGUGCCUUCUCCCGGGCACGCAGUCCGUUGUCUCAGCAGACAUCCUCCAACUAUAGCUCCAGGGAUAGCUACGACUCCAGUGGGUCAUACCCACACGGCUAUGGCUAUCCCCCGGAGCCCCAGAGAAGUCCGUACGGGGAUCCCAGUCGCAAGCACUUUCCCCUGACCGUGCGGCAAAAGGGCGAGGAGGAGCGAGAGGUGCGCACCUUCCUCUGCACCGAUCAGAGAUGCGCCUCCAUCUUCGAGCCGCGACCCAGUUCCGUGCUCACCCAGCAGCUGUCCACCGGCUCCAUGUCCACCCCAUCGGGCUACACGAACGGCACGCCCAGAGUUCCUGGCGUUGCCCCAGUCGGACCUGUUCCGCUGCCCCACCCCGGCGCCCCGCUCUCCUCCUGCGGCUUCUCCAGCGGCAGUGAGUUCGAGCCACCGUCACCGAGACGGGCGGCCAGCGCCUCGCCCAAGCACACCUUCACAUUCCGCAUCGUGAUGAAGAAGGUGGACAGCUCGCCGGAGGCAUUGUGUCCAGAGAGGCAUCGCUCGCGGAUUAUAGAUCGUUACAGGAGGCGCGACAGUCGCCGGAAGCGCAUCCAUGAUGCGGGAAAGAGCUUCUAGGGGCAAAGGUAAAUGGUUAAUGGUACUGGUGGAAGCCAGUGAUGGGACUAGAACUUAGAUAGCAAACAAGGCCAAAGGAGUGGCAACCAUAAUGUGCUGGAAAUAUACUGCAUACAAAUCUAAUAUAACUAACUGAUCAAAUUAAUUCUCAAACUCAACAAUAACUGCCUUUCCAUACUGAUGUAAUAGUACGUUAAUCCAAUAUUUGUACCAUAAAGAAUAUAUAAUAUCUCAAAUGAAAUCAAAAGCUGUAAAUGAAAAGCCGAUUUGCCCUAUAACGAUGAAACAAUACAACUAUUUUAAUGUUCAAUAUGCAUUAAAUAGUCCUGAAUAAGAAUUCUAGUAAUUCGAUAUCAAGUACCUGUAAUUGCAUAUAUUUUGUAUAGUAAUAAUCGCAGUUGUAUAUGAAUACAAUAUGGCAUCUUAUACACAGAAUUUCUAUUAUAUAUGUGCAUAAUAUUUUGUUGUUUAGUUAGACCAUCGCCUCCCAUCACUGGCACCGAACAAAGCAAACCUCAUAAGCAUUGUCGGCAAUCUAUUGAUCCUCGUAUCUGUGCGAUGCGCAUAUAUUUUUGACAAUCUCGGUGUUGAAUCUAUGUAGGUCCUAAUCGCAAUGUCUUAGGGUUAAGGGUGUCACCGAACAAAAGGCGUUUGGUAAUCAAACUUUAUAAAAUGGUUCUGGUUUUAAGGCCGUUUCAAAAGCUCUACCAAAGGCGCUACCUUCGGGCCACCGAAGUCGGUUAAACUUAUGAUCUCUGCUGAUUUGUGAAGCAACCCUCGUUUGAUCGCAAACUAAUCGAUUGCCUAGGCGGCUAAUGAAAUAUAGAUAUAGAGGUCAAAUGUAUAUUCUAAAUCAUUAACAAACUUAUGCGCAACAAUAAUUCCUCCCACGAUUUACCUGACUACUAUUUAAACAACAAUAGAUCAAAAGUUUAUAUGUAUACAUGUGCAUAAGAGUUCACACUUUGAUGUUGUAAUUAAUGUGGAAACCGAAAUCAGAAAGAAAGCGAUAAUGUUCUAAGUAUUUGUGCAUUUUUACGUGGUUCCUGUUAUAUAGCUAUAAUU